AUGGGAGAUGAAGAUUGGGAAGCAGAAAUAAUCAAACCUCAUAUGCCUUCCUAUGUUCCUGUAUUUGAAAAGGAUAGGUAUUCUUCUGGAGCAAAUGGAGACACUUUUAACAGGACUACAGCUUCAUCAUCGGAAAUGAAUGAUGGACCUUCUCGAAGAGAUCAUUUCAUGAGAGGUGGAUUUCUCUCAGGGAGGAGUAUGGGAAACAGAGAUGCUGGUGAGUCUAAUAAAAGAGAGAAUACAUCUACAAUGGGUGGUUUUGGAGUUGGAAAGAGUUUUGGAAACAGAGGUUUUUCAAAUAAGUUUGAAGAAGGUGAUAGCUCUGGUUUCUGGAGAGAAUCUAAUAAUGACUGUGAAGAUAAUCAAACACGGAACAGAGGAUUUUCCAAAAGAGGCGGCUUUCAAGAUGGAAAUGAUUCAGAAGCUUCAGGGUCAUCUAGAAGAGGUGGAAGAGGUAGUUUCCGAGGUUGCCGUGGAGGAUUUGGUCUAGGAAAUCCAAAUAGGGAAUAUGAACAAGAUGAGGGAACACAGCGCACUGGUGGCCCUUUUGGUUCUAGAAGACCAGUAUUAAGUGGUGCAGGUAAUGGUGACACUUACCAAAGCAGAAGUGGCAGUGGAAGUAGACGAGGUGGUUACAAAGGUUUAAAUGAAGAAGUAAUAACAAGCUCUGGAAAAAAUUCUUGGAAAUCGGAAGCUGAAGGAGGAGAAAGUGGUGACACUCAAGGACCAAAGGUUACCUACAUACCACCUCCUCCACCUGAGGAUGAGGACUCCAUCUUUGCACAUUAUCAGACAGGCAUAAACUUUGACAAAUAUGAUACUAUUCUUGUAGAAGUAUCUGGACAUGAUGCACCACCAGCAAUUCUGACUUUUGAGGAAGCUAAUCUCUGUCAGACACUGAAUAACAACAUUGCUAAAGCUGGUUAUACUAAGCUUACUCCUGUGCAAAAAUACAGUAUUCCUAUUAUAUUAGCAGGACGAGAUUUGAUGGCUUGUGCUCAGACAGGAUCUGGAAAGACUGCAGCUUUUCUCUUGCCAAUUUUGGCACAUAUGAUGCGUGAUGGAAUAACAGCCAGUCGUUUUAAAGAGCUGCAGGAACCAGAGUGUAUUAUUGUAGCACCAACUCGAGAAUUGAUCAAUCAGAUUUAUCUGGAAGCCAGAAAAUUUUCUUUUGGGACCUGUGUAAGAGCUGUUGUUAUAUACGGAGGAACCCAGUUGGGGUAUUCAAUUCGACAAAUAGUACAAGGCUGUAAUAUAUUGUGCGCUACUCCUGGGAGACUGAUGGAUAUCAUAGGUAAAGAAAAGAUUGGUCUCAGACAAGUCAAAUACUUAGUUUUGGAUGAAGCUGAUCGCAUGCUGGAUAUGGGUUUUGGACCAGAAAUGAAGAAGUUAAUUUCCUGCCCUGGAAUGCCAUCAAAGGAACAACGUCAAACCCUUAUGUUUAGUGCAACUUUUCCAGAAGAAAUUCAAAGGUUGGCUGGGGAGUUUUUAAAGUCGAAUUAUUUGUUUGUUGCUGUUGGACAAGUGGGUGGAGCAUGUAGAGAUGUUCAGCAGACCAUUCUCCAAGUUGGCCAGUACUCAAAAAGAGAAAAACUUGUCGAAAUUCUACGAAACAUAGGUGAUGAAAGAACUAUGGUUUUUGUUGAGACUAAGAAAAAAGCAGAUUUUAUUGCUACUUUUCUUUGUCAAGAAAAAAUAUCAACAACAAGUAUUCAUGGUGACCGAGAACAGAGAGAGAGAGAGCAAGCUCUUGGAGAUUUUCGUUGUGGGAAGUGUCCAGUUCUUGUUGCUACUUCAGUAGCUGCCAGGGGGCUAGAUAUUGAAAAUGUUCAACACGUUAUCAAUUUUGAUCUUCCUUCUACUAUUGAUGAAUAUGUUCAUCGAAUUGGACGUACUGGUCGUUGUGGAAAUACUGGCAGAGCUAUUUCCUUUUUUGAUCCUGAAUCAGAUAACCAUUUGGCACAACCUUUAGUGAAAGUACUGUCAGAUGCUCAACAGGAUGUUCCUGCAUGGUUGGAAGAAAUUGCCUUUAGUACAUAUGUUCCUGGCUUCAGUGGUAGUUCAAGAGGAAAUGUAUUUGCAUCAGUUGAUACUAGAAAGGGCAGGAGCACUUUGAACACAGCAGGGUUUUCUUCUUCACAAGCUCCCAAUCCAGUAGACGAUGAGUCAUGGGAUUAA